AAAGUUGCUUUUGACGUUACACUGUAAUCUUUCCAAGCAAGAUGCCGCCACGUGUUGAUGACGUAAUGAAACUGUGUUGUGAACUAUCCGCAAAUCAACAAGUGAAAACCGCAGUGAAGCAGUCUGGAAAAGGAGCAGCGGCAGCUGGUGGUCUUGCUUUUGCAGGAGGCUUAAUAGGCGGUCCUCUGGGAAUUGCAGUGGGCGGGGCUGUUGGAGGACUGCUUGGAUGCUGGAUGACAAGCGGACAAUUUAAACCUCUUCCCCAGGUUAUCAUGGAACUGACACCAGACCAGCAGCACAGACUCUGUCAGGAUAUUGCAGCUGUCUUAGGCUCAAUAACCUGGACUGAUGUUGCACAGCUGACUGCCCUUGUAAUGGGAAAUGCCACACUUCAGCAGCAGGUAACUGCUGCUCUUCUGAGCUAUAUACAGAAGGAACUUCAAGCUGAAGUGCAUUAUGUUGACUGACACUAUCUUCUCAAAAACCAAA